CCCGCUUCAACAUCGCGAAGCCGAGACUUGGUGAGGACCGAGGUGCAGAGGGCAGAACACAGCAGCCAUGGCGUGCAGGCAAUGGCUCUCGACGGCCGCGCGCCAAUGCCAGUCCGGCAUGGCACAACAGAAGCACUUGCGCACUUUCUCGACAUCAGCCCCAGUUGCAGACAUCCGCAGCUUGUUUCCCAACUCCCAGGCCGUGAAGAGGAGUAACAACAACAACCGCGCGAAUGCCUCGAACCCCUCCGCGGCGCUGCAGUCGAUGCUCGCCGAGGGCAUGGAGCGCGGCGGACCGCUCUCGGCCGCCGAGCAGCAGCAGGUGCUGGCGCAGCAGCUGCAGCCCAAAGAGUACGUCCGGGAGCUGCGCUUCGCCGCCGUGACGGACAACUACAUGCGCCAGAUGCCGCGCCGCUGGAAGACGGGCGACGUGUACGCCCCGCGCGACCUGAGCCCGACCGAGAUGGACAAGUGGCGCCAGGCCCGGCCGCCCGAGACCGACGUCGUCGACAUGUUCGGCUUCAACCCGCUGGACAACUACAAGAACUUCGCGCUCAUCUCGGAAUUCAUGACCACCAUGGGCCGCAUCAAGCACUCCAGCGACACGGGGCUGCGGCCCGUCAACCAGCGCAAGAUGGCCAAGGCGAUCCGCCGCGCCAUCGGCAUGGGCCUGCACCCCAGCGUGCACUUCCACCCGGAGAUCCUGCGCAUGUCCCGCUUGUCGCUGCCCGUCGCCUCCAUCCCGACGAAAUCGCACCCGUCGCAGAACAGGCUAUAGAAGGGCAACGGGAUGGGGGAAGUUGGGGGUUGGGGGGUGCGUGCGGAAGCGGGUGUAUGAUGUGUUGUGUUGUUGGACAUGUCAGCAAGUGGAAUGUGCUGUCUUAGAGGGGUGGAAGUGUACAGGUACCUAGAGUUUACCAGUCUCUAUAUGUACAAUAUACACGAUACCAAGAAAUAGGGCACAGGUAU